AUGGAGGAGAUAACUGGUGGAAACUACAACAAAUUUAUAAGCCCUGUGGCGCUAGGCCAAGGCUUAGGUCCCAAUUAUGGCACUCUCAAUAGAGCCGGAAGUAAAAAUAUUGAAAAAAUCAAAAUUAUUUGCGAAAAUUCAAAAUCGCAGAUAAAAAAAGACCAUGGAAUGUUCAGUGUUGAUUUUGGCCUAAUGGCAAAUAUCGCAUUUAAUUGCCGUGCAGAAGAACCUGACCCUAAUAUUGAUUUUGUUGAUUCUUGCGUUGAAUGGGGUAAGGGUUGGAAAGAUUAUCGGCUGAGAUGGGAUUUCAUGGAAGCAGGAUUCGUAACUGAAAUAUCAAUGGAUCCCUUGCUCAUUUGGACACCGCCGAUCGAGAUUGUCAAUUUGGAUGAAUGGCGAAAUUACGCGAAGAAAACUGAUUUCAGCUGCAUUGUCAAUCAUCUGGGAGAAGUCAAGCAGGCGUACAAAAUACGAGCUGUUACUUCUUGCGAGAUGUCUUCGAAAUAUUAUCCCUUUGAUGUUCAAAUAUGCUCCGUUGACCUUGCUACACCUUCACAGACGCAGGAUAGAUUGGUUCUUGAUAUUCGGGAUUGGAAGAGUAAAAAUGGUUUAUCAUUUAAUCAAUCCUAUACACUGCCGUUUUCCAUCGGUUACAAGGAAACUGAUCUUGAUUUGAUUAAAAAUGCUUUUCACGAUGAGAAUACAGAAUUCGAGCUAAUAGACUACAGGAUCGACGCUUAUUCUCUUCCUCGAAAUCAAUACGAGAAUUAUACGAGUGUUAAAGUGACGCUAGCUUUCGCAAGAAAAACUUCAUAUUAUGAAAUUACUCUGUUUUUGCCGAUAGUUGUCAUCAAUUUGCUCGUCUCCAUUUCAUUCUUUGAACCUCUGUGCGCAGUAUCAAGCGGUGAAAGCAUUUCAUUUCAAGUGACGAUGCUACUGACUAGCGUUGUCUAUCUCGAUAUCUUAUCAAACACGAUACCUGUCUUUGAAGAUGUUGGAAACGCACCUAGAUUAUUAUUCCUCUUCCUUUUGACUGGUCUAGGAAGUGCUAUUGCUCAUAUAGUUAUAACGGUGAGCUUGUGGUGCCAGACAAAAACUGAAGACCGAAUUUUCGAGCUCUCCAAACGUCAAGCAAAAUUUGCUUUACUCUGCGCCCGAUUUUACGAGAAAUUUAUGAGUGGAAAAUACAGAAUUCCUUCUGUCAUUUCACAAAAAUGUGGGGAAAUCAGCUCUGACAAUGAUACCAACAAUGAAAAAGAAGAUUUUGAUCGAUAUCAUCAAGCUUGGCUAUUUUAUGCAAAGAUGCUUUCUCACUUUUGGGCACUGAUUUUGACUGUUACAAUUAUGCUUGUUACCUUCGCUAUCUACAUUGAUCUUUUUGUUCAAAGUUGCAUUUUUCUUCUUUAUCAGAGAAAUUAUGCGCAACUAGCGGAUGAUACCGAUUGGGAGCAACGAAUAUUUGACAUGAUUCAAGUCAAUGGCAAAUAUAACAAAUACCUUAGUCCAUUAAAUCCCCGGUUUGGAAUAUUAAGUAAAAAUGGAAGCAAGGAUGAGGAAAAAAUCAGAAGAGUUUGCGAGAGAAUGAAAACAGUUAUCAGAGAUUAUGAUGGACUGAUAAGUGUUGAUUUGGGCUUGAUGGCGAAUAUCGGAUUUUAUUGCCGGGCUAAAAACGCGAAGCUAGAUUUUGUUGAUGCAUGUGUUGAAUGGACAAAUGCUGUUUGGUUUCAGGACUGGUUCAAUACCAUUUAA